CCUUUCACUAAUAUGCCCUAUGUUUUACUCCUCGGAAUUUGUGUCAUCAAUUUUUUCUCUAAUUCAGCAUUCAGCAUUUCACGAACAAAACAGCGUCGCCAUGGCAUCAAUCGCGGCCAGUGCAAAUCUGCUGGGUCGUUUAGGCAUCACGGCUUUACUGUCUCCCCAUUCCUCUGUAACUUACACCACUCGGGUUCUACUUAGCCCGCUUCACAUACAUUGCUCCCGGACCCGCUCCUCUCUCAGCCCCGCUUUUCUUACCUUUUCAUCUCAUCCCUGCUUGAAAAUAUUGGGCCCUUUUGAGUUCGGUUCGAAUUCCCCCCCGGUCUCAGCUAUUUCUAACGGCAGCUCAAACGCUGGAAGUGGGCAUGGUGGCUCCGGCGACUGCAGUACCGGAGGAGGAUGCUGUAGCAGUGGCGAUGGCGGUGGGAGUGAGAGCACGUGGUCAUUUCUCACUUGGUACUUAUCUCUUCUUGAGAAGUACCCUGUGUGGACAAAAGCUAUCUCAUCUGCAUUAUUGAAUUGUAUUGGAGAUUUUAUUUGCCAGUUUUUGACAGAUCACAAGCAAUCUUUUGAUGGAAUGAGGACAUUUCGCUUCACCUUUUUGGGUCUGGUCCUGGUCGGCCCAUCUUUGCACAUUUGGUACCUGUACUUAAGCAGAUUGGUUACAACAGCUGGAGCAUCUGGGGCUUUCUUGCGCCUUUUACUUGAUCAGUUAAUCUUUGCUCCAUUUUUUAUUGGAGUUUUCUUAUCUACACUGGCAACACUUGAGGGACAGCCAUCACAUGUCAUUCCAAAGCUUCAACAGGUGUGGUCUUCUGCUGUUCUUGCAAACUGGCAACUCUGGAUACCCUUCCAGUUCUUCAACUUCCGCUUUGUCCCUCAGCAGUUUCAGGUUCUAGCUGCCAACUUUAUUUCUCUAAUAUGGAAUAUGAUUCUCUCAUAUAAAGCUCACAAUGAUAUUGUUGUCAAAUAACCAGGACAUGAGUGAAGCAUGAAGAUAUAUGCUGCUCAUGAGUCAUACAGGCCAAAGUUAUCAUGCACUGAAAAAUGUAGGCACAAUGUAUCAGAAAGUUUCUGAUUUCUUAACUUCGUGAAAGGUUAAAUUACCACAGAAACGUAUUGGCGGUCCACAAUUUCCAAGCAGUUUAGUAAAAAACUUAAAAGUUUAUUUAUGGUUUCCAUUAUUUAGGCGGUGGUUAAAUAUAGGUUAUGCCGGUGAUUGCUCACGUCGCUAGUCAUGUGGCAUCAGUUUGUUCCAUUUUUGGUGAAUGCCUUUGCAGACCUGAGUUGUCUUCCUUGACAAACAACUUUUUUUGUCCACUUGAACUCCUCAAGCCUCUUUUUUCCCUGCCAUUGUAUUGCUGGCA